GUGGAAUAAUUAUGAAGUUUUAAUGGGUGUAGGGUUAGUUGUCUCGUCAAUUUUUGUCACGAAGUGUAAUGAAAAUAGUAAGCUGAUAAAAAGACAAAUCAGUAGGUGGCAGCAUGCACCAAUAAUAAUUGUAUGCAAACCGCCAUUAUACCGAAGAAGAAGACGUUUUCUUGCUUUACAACAGCCCUUCUCGCAGGAAGUGUGAAUGCCCUAACAUCUAGCACGGUUGCAUUGCUGUAAAAUUCCACUGCGGACGUCGGAUUGAACAUACUUUGGGUUUCACUGGUUCGCUGCACGGACAGCGCAGCGGUAAUCAGGCUGGUAUUUUAUAGGCUACACUUACUGGGCCUCAGACAAUUAAAACUAUCUGGACUCCCGAAGAGGACGUUGUUCCAACAGACUCUCGGGUAGAGUUAGACGAGAACAGAUAACACGAUUCUUGGUGAAUAGGGCUUUAAACGUUUUUACUUUAAUAGAUCAGGUCAAAUCUAUGUGAGAUUAGCCUACAUCACAUUUAUUUGUCACCACUAAAGUUUUGAUAUUGAAAAGGACGUCUGAUUGCUCUGAUCUGGCUGUUUUUUAAAUCUGAAUUCUGCAACAAAGAAAGUAACUAGUGUAGGCUAGCUACAGAUGUACUGUCGUGUUUUUAUUUGAAGAAAUAAUAGCUUCCACGAUGGAUCGGGACAGAGCUAGUCCGUCCCCUUCCAACCUGCCGGAGUCCCCUGGUCACAACUCUCCUGGUAGCGCCUUACUGCUGGAUCUGAAGAGGGUGUCUGUGAGGCUGGUCGACUGCAGGAAAACACCAGGGCAGAGUGGAACUGUGAGAGAAGGACAUGAGGAGGUUGAUUUGAUUUCAUCAAGUGACACCCCUAACUGUCGUUCUCUCAGUGGGAGGAGCUUAUCAUCUGGGGAGCCUCAACAACAUGUUACUGACGUGACAGAGAAGAGUCUCUCCAGAUCAGAACACCUCAAGAAACACCAGCAGAGAUGUAGAGGGAAGAAAACUCACCACUACUGCUUUGACUGUGGAAAGAGUUUCACUCGCAGGAGUGGCUUCAUUAUGCACCAGCGGAUUCACACCCGAGAGAAACCGUACUGCUGCUCUCAGUGUGGGAAGAGUUUCACCUGUGCAGGAGGUCUUAAAGUACACCAAAGAAUCCAUACUGGAGAGAAGCCUUACAGCUGCCCAGAAUGUGGGAAGUGUUUUACUGCUUCUAACGCCUUCAAAUAUCAUUUGCGAAUUCAUACAGGGGAGCGGCCUUACCCCUGCCUUGAUUGUGGAAAGAGCUUCAACCAGUCAUGCAACCUGACGACACACAAGCUAACACACACUGGAGUGAAGCCUUAUAGCUGUGAUCAGUGUGGGAAGAGCUUCAAUCAGGCAGUCCACCUGACGACACACAAGCUAACACACACUGGAGUGAAGCCUUACAGCUGUGAUCAGUGUGGAAAGCGCUUUGCUGUAGCUUCCACCCUGAAUAGACACCAGGGGACUCUCCUAACCGUCGCGCUCUCAGUGGGAGGGGCUUAUCACGUUGCUGACGUGACAGAGAAGACUCUCUCCAGAUCAGAACAUCUCAAUAAACACCAGCAGAGACGUACAGGAAGAAACCUCACUGCUGCUCUGACUGUCGGAAGAGUUUCACAAGCCAGAGUGGCUUCAUUAUUCACCAGCGGAUUCACACCCGAGAGAAAUCGUAUUGAUGCUUUCAGUCUGGGAAGAGUUUCACCUGUCCAGGAAGUCUUAAAGUACAACAAAGAAUCCGUACAGGAGAGAACCCUUACAGAUGCUCAGAGUGUGGGAAGAGUUUCCCUACUUCUCAAACCUUAAAAUUGCAUCUGAGAAUUCAUACAGGGGAGAGGCCUUACCCCUGCCUUGAUUGUGGGAAAGCCUUGCUUAUACACUGGAGUGAAGCCUUAUAGCUGUGAUCAGUGUGGGAAGAGCUUCAAUCAGUCAGGCCACCUGACAAAACACAAGCUAACACACACACAGGAGAAGCCUUAUAGCUGUGAUAAGUGUGGGAAGAGUUAUGCUGUAGCUUCCAUCCUGAAUAGACACCACACUGGAGAGACACCUUGGAUAUAUGUGGGAAGAGCUUUGCUAAUUUUAGGACCAAUGAGACAACACCAAAAAGCACAAACAUGGCUUAUUUCAUCUCCCAUCUAUCCAACACCAGUUCCAGAUCCCUAAAUAAAGGAUCUAUAGAAAACAUCUAGUGAACAGUCAUAUCCAUCUCCCAUUCUUAAACAGUUGCCUCAGUCUGAUCACCAUGGUAACCUCUGUGCAGCAUAAUAUGCAGCUCUGAUCUAGGAUCAGGUCUCCCCUGUGUCUAUGUAAUAUCACACAUUGAUCUACAUGGAUAAAUGUUAUCAUAGGAAAUGUCAUAGUGAACCUGUGGGGGGAUGUUGAUAAUUGUAUCUUCUUUCAUGUACUCAUGAUACUAUUAUUAUUAAAUGUCAUUAUGUAGAAUAAUUGAUCAAAACAUUCAAUCCAUUAUCUUCUGAACAAGAUGUUAUCACUUUAUAUUUUUAUAAUAAUAUCUAAAUAGAUUAAAAUGCUCCUUUUAAAAUUAUCAAUAAUACAUUGGAUAAUAAUAUCCAUGAGGUCCAGGUAAUAACUAUGCAUACUGUCUCUUGUAACAAUGGUUAAUGUAAUAACUUUUAGAUUUAUGUAAUAAAACUGGUAAAUGUAAUGUCAUGUUGGUUAAUAUGAUAAAAUGUUGAAUUGUAGUAAUAAAUUACUCCGUUUAAUGUAAUAAGUUA